AUGGAUAAAUCCAAGCUCCAGAAUUUCAAUCAAAUUCCAUUCGAAUUCCCUCAACGUCGCUUUCCCGAUUUACGUUCACUCAAUGGAUCUCAUCUUUCCGUUCACGUGACUCCCUCCUCACGACUCUCUCGUUAUCUCGACUUUUUGAAUCAAUACAAACGCAGAUUUCAUCACUAUGUCCGUGGAAUUACACUUGAAUCAUAUCCUUGGAUAGGGUGGUUCUACACAUAUGCCUUUGUACAACUGUUCUUUUUCGUCAGUCGUUACCUCGCACUUAAGGCUCUCGUUAACAUGUACGGAACAUCUGACGACUAUCGUUUUCCGAUCAAAUUCUUAGCUUUGAGUCUUGGGUUUCUCGAAGAUUUUGUCUGUACAACAUACUUUGUUUGUGCUCUGUGGAUAUUUGAUACAUUAAAACACGAGACAUUAAAGAAGCAAAACAUGGAAUCAAAGGGUUUGCCAUUGAUAUUUCAAGUCGCAACGUUUGUCAUCUCGUGGUUCCUUUUCUUUCUUCUCACGGCACCUUUUAUUACUGAUGUCGUGCUCGUGUUGUACCGUGAUAUGCGCUUCUCACUUGGUCUAUUUGUCACAAUAUGGCACGAAAGGCACUUUUUAAAGAAUGUCCCUAUUUCAAAUGAAGAACUUUUGGUCGCGUAUCAAACGUCAUCAAUUGUUUUUCUUAUAACAACACUCUUUGCAUUUGGACGUGUAAGACUAACGUGGUUGGAUCUUACGCUUUGGAAUCCAUUGAAUCUUGUCACGAAAUUUACUAAGAUACAAUCGGGUUUACAAUACCAUGCAGUACCUCUUGAAGAAGGCACAGAAGACGAGAAAAAAGUUAAUCAAUUGACAAAACGAUCAUUUAAAGGUUUUGCAGCUCGUCAUCGAAUUGUUGCGAUGCUAUUGGGACUUGUAAUUAUACCAGCCUUUGUGAUGGUCUUACGAUGUAUUUGUACUCCUCUGGUAGCAUACGCAGCCUUAAAUGUGACACUCAAUGAAUUCCUUUUACAUCAAUUUGAACCAACUCAAGCUAAUAUCAAAUUCCAGACCUUACAAAAUGGUGAUCCAUGGGUUGAAAACUUCAUUGACGUUGCGGAAGAACAUCAAAGAUUUGGUAACAAUACUUUAUUUCGACGUACUACUGGAUUUCAUGGAGAUCUUGCGUUUAAUGUUAGUAUUGAUAGCAAAGAUCCACCAAAUGUUGUAAUCAUUGCUAUUGAAUCCUUUCGAUUUCGAGAUUCAAGGUACCUUGUGGGACAAGAUGAUCCGUCGAAUUUGUUCAAAGGUACUAAUUUGACUAUAACACCCAAUUUUGAUAAAUGGGCCAAACGUGGUGUUGCAAUGCGUAAUAUUUGGUCCAGUAUCCCCACAAGUAGGUCACUUGAGAGUUUACUCUUUGCUCAAGUACCGUACCCAAGUAUGUCUGAAUCCGGGAUAACUGGAGGUAAAGUAGAUGUGAAAUUAUCCGGAUUACCGCAAUUGUUUUCACAAAAAGGGUACGAAACGUAUUUCACGACUGGGUCUUCCAUCACACUUGACGCCUGGGAUAUUUUUCUUCCUACGCAUGGAUUUGAACAAGUAUGGGAUCGCGAAGCUAUGAUGGAUUUGGCAGAAUCAAAUCUUAAUAUAAGUCGCGAAGACUGGGAAGGUGCUGCACGUCGAGGGUUUAGCUGGGGGGUACACGACGAUAUUACGUUUCAGUUACUUGGGGACCUUUUAGUAAAAAAAAGGAACAAACAACAGGCGAGAAUGGCACAAGGUAGGCCGAAAGUCCCAACUUUUGUAACCCAUUACACCAUCUCGAGCCAUGAACCAUUUGAUCAUUGGCCAAAAUGGUACGACGAGAUGCCAAAACCAACGUUUUAUACCAUGUUUCAAGAUGAAAAGAAAGCGAAACAGAUUGAAAGGUACAUGAAAGUGCGAUAUUUUACUGACAUGGAGCUUGGGAAGUUUAUGGAUCGAAUGGACCGAGAAGGAAUUUUAAAUGAUACAAUUAUUGUGAUUUUGGGAGAUCAUGGUCAAGCACCUGAAAUUGCUAAUGCGAAUCAACACGAGGAAUCAGUGACGCGUGUACCAGCUGCGAUCAUUGCAGAAGGACGUUUAGGAGAUGCUGUGGGGCUUGUUAUUGACGAUGCAGCAGAACAAUAUGAUUUUUUAAAUACUUUGGCGGAUAUUACGGGAUUACCUGAAGGAGGAUUCGAACAAAAUGGUGUAGGUCGUUCAUUAAAGCGCAAACUUCCAUUUGGUCAGCGUAUCGUUUUUACGAAUGAUCCAAUUCGAAAAAUGGCUAUUGUACGUGGAAAGCAACGUCUUCGGUACGAUGCUGUAACUGAUGCUAUGAUGUUACAUGAUACGGACCGCGAUUUUUUUAUGAAAACGGAUCUUUUACCUCGUCUUUCACCAGAGGAACGUGCUGAAUGGAAUGAUUUGCGAGAAGAUGGUCGUCGUAUUUCGGAGUAUUACAAGAAACGAUGGGACGGAAAAUGUCUACUUACAGUCAAGUGUGACGUGUAG